AUUUCCACUCUUAGACAGACUUAACCAGUUUCUUACAUAUACAUAUAACACAUACGAAAUGUCGUUUGUUCAUUUGGCCAACUUUUGUGCUCAUAUAAAGAAUUGUACGAAUGUGAAUAUAUCUACUACAUCAGUCCCAUUCACAAGAUUGCAUUUACAAGUUGCACUUGGAUUGUAUAAAGAAGGAUUCAUAUCUUCUAUACUGAGAGGUUCAAUUACUGGUCCUGAUGUGACACCUGUUGAUGUGACUCCAGAUAACAUAUCUACCAGAAGAUUAUGGUUAGGUUUAAAGUAUCGUAAUAAUCAAUCUGUAAUUAGAGAUAUUUCUUUAGUAUCAAAACCAGGUAGAAAAGUUAAUUUAACAAAGGAAGAAGUAAAAGCAUUAGCAUCAGGUUUAACUGUCAGAUUUAUUAAACCUUUACAACCUGCUGAAUGUAUUUUUAUAAAGAAUGUUAAAGAAAAUGAGGUCAUAGAGAUCCAAGAGGCUGCUAAGAGAAACUUAGAUGGGGUAGCAUUAUAUCGUGUUAAAUAGUUGUUACGGUUCAGUUACAUUUGUAAAUAG